AUGGAUGCAGAAACACCAUUCACUGCAUUGGCACCACCAGUGUUUGAUGGCGAAGGUUAUCAUGUCUGGGCAGCAAAAAUGGAGGCUCAUCUAAAGGUAAACAAUCUGUGGGAAGCUGUGGAGGAGGACUACGAAGUUCUUCCAUUGCCUGCAAAUCCGACAAUGGCGCAGAUCAAGACUCAUAAGGAGAAGAAAUCAAGAAAAUCAAAGGCGAGAGCUUCGUUAUUUGUUGCUGUUUCUUCUAACAUCUUUAUUAGAAUCAUGACGAUGAAAUCGACGUUUGAAGUUUGGAAUUUCUUGAAAGAAGAGUAUGAAGGAGAUGAAAAAAUCAAAGGAAUGAAAGUUUUAAACCUGAUUAGGGAGUUUGAGGUCCAGAAAAUGAAGGAAUCAGAGACGGUGAAGGAAUAUUUUGACAAGCUGCUCAGAAUAGCAAAUCAAGUAAGAUUACUUGGAUAUGAAUUUCCUGAUUCUAGAUUAGUUCAAAAAAUUCUUGUAACUAUUCCUGAGAGGUUUGAAGCUACAAUUGCUUCCUUGGAAAACUCUAAAGAUCUGUCAAAAAUUAGUUUGGCAGCAUUGAUGAAUGCGUUGCAGGCACAAGAACAGAGAAGACUGAUGAGGUCUGAAGGGUCUGUCGAAGGUGCAUUAGCUGCGAAGGCUAGCUCGAGUUAUGGUGGAAAAGGAAAGAAAGUUGAAAGUUAUAAAAAGGGAAAUUCAGGCUUUGAUUCUCUCAAUACGAAUAUAGGAACAAAAUCUUAUUUCUCUCCAUAUAAACACUAUGGAAGAGAAAACCAUCCACCUUGGAAGUGUUGGAGAAAGCCAGACCAGCAAUGUGAAAAAUGCUUGAAAAUGGGGCAUCAUCAAAGAAUUUGCAGAAGCAACAAUCAACAAAAGACGGUGACGCAAAAGAAUGUGCAGUAA